AUGGUUCACUUCACAGCUGAGGAGAAGGCAGCUAUCACAAGCAUCUGGGAUAAAGUGGACUUGGAAAAAAUUGGAGGAGAAACUCUGGGAAGGCUCCUGAUUGUUUACCCAUGGACUCAGAGAUUCUUUGACAAAUUUGGAAACCUCUCUUCUGCCCAAGCCAUCAUGGGUAAUCCUAGAAUCAAAGCCCAUGGCAAGAAAGUGCUGACAUCCCUGGGCUUGGCAGUUAAGAACAUGGACAACCUCAAGGAGACCUUUGCUCAUCUUAGUGAGCUGCACUGUGACCAGCUUCAUGUGGAUCCUGAGAACUUCAAGCUCCUGGGUAACAUGCUGGUGAUUGUUCUUUCUUCUUACUUUGGCAAGGAAUUCACAGCUGAGGUGCAGGCUGCCUGGCAGAAGUUGGUGGUUGGGGUGGCCACUGCUCUGUCCCACAAGUACCACUGA